AUGAGCCUCAGAUACAUCGGCUCCGUCAAGAUUGCAAUCAAAUUUACAGAGCGCUGGUGGGAAAGGUUGCCCAACAAACAACUUGGAGGGAAAUCUACAACUAAUCGGCCAAUACAUUCUGUGAUCUACCCGUCUUAUGGGAUUGGUGGCUCUUCGGCUAUUUUGAUUGCAGACCGUGCUUGGGGCCAAGAUGCGGCUCACAUAGGGUCUAUGGUUGAGGAAGGUGAGGUUCACCCUUGCCCCCUCACCAAAAUACUUUGUGACCUUGCCAAAAUGCACGAUAUUAGAGACCCAACGACAGGAGGCAUUGAUUAUGAUGUCUUACUGGGAGUUUUAAUUGGUCAUCAUGCUUGGAAUUGGGGUACCUCCGAAUUUUCGAGUGGCGGGUAUGCAUUCUUUGGACCCAGUCAGUUCACUGAACUCUACUCCCAUGUGACCACGCCCAUUUUUGGAUUGCUACAUUUUGCGGGUGAGGCAACCAGUGUACGCCAUUCCUGGCUUGUUGGCGCGUUGAGUAGCGCGUUCCAUAGCCUGUACGAAAUUUUUAUUGCCGAGGGACAAGAAGAUCUGAUUGCUAGACUUAUUGCUGAUGAUUCGCCAUUUAAGAGUGCUGCGAAAUACGAAAUUAACUUGGAUCAGACAGCGAAGCAAGCUCGCAGGUCGACGCGAAACACCAAACAUGUAGAUCAAAAUGCUGGCCAGCCAACAACCCGAAGCACUGCGGCUCGUAAGCGUGCAGAGGCCAGCAAGCCGGCUGCAAAGGAAUCGGCUUCAACCGUAGCCCUUGGACUCAAGCGUAAGGCAUUGGGCGACAACACCAAUGCUGAGAAGAAGAAGUCUACCAAGGCAGCUGAUGCUAAGGGAAAGGGCAAGGUCGUGAAGGCACCCAUGCCCAAGGCCAAGAUUGCUGCAAAUGCGGCAAGUGCAAGUCGAGCCACCCCAAUGAAGCUCGUAGUUGAGAUACCCGUCCGUAAACGCCGAAGAGUACAACCAAAACCCGUAACUGUGGCUACUAAGGGACCCGCCAAUUCGAGUGCCAAAGCGUCCGAAGAGGUACCGAGGCAUUCAUCCGAUCUCAUAGAGAGCAGUGACCACCAUCUAGCUCUCCAAACAACCGAAGCACCACCCGAUAUUGAUAUCCAAGCUGGAGAGCCAAAUCAAACGACGAAACCUGCCCCAAGUCUAUUGGUCGAAAAAGAUCGGUUAGAAGACGAGCCACCUGCGAAGCGCCUCCGUUCGAGCCCCAGUCCGAAUAUUCCACUGGCGCAGCCUGCUCACAUUGAACCCACCAUUAGUUCUCCGACUCAGGACAAGGAUAAUCCAUUUGAAAUUGGUCUGCGGUCCCAAAGGAUAGAAAACCAGCCUUGGGUUGACCUUGAUGCGGAAGACGAGAACGACCCGGCGAUGGUAUCUGAGUAUGUCAACGAAAUUUUUGGUUACAUGAGAGAGCUCGAAGUUCAGACCAUGCCCAGCUCCAUCUAUAUGAACUCGCAACCCGAGCUCGAGUGGCAUUUACGGGGAAUCCUUAUGGAUUGGCUUAUCCAGGUUCACGAAAGGUUCCGACUUCUUCCAGAGACGCUUUUUAUUGCUGCGAACCUGAUCGACCGAUUCCUCUCUAUGCGUGUUGUUUCACUCGUCAAACUUCAGCUCGUUGGAAUUACGGGUCUGUUUGUGGCGGCCAAAUAUGAGGAAAUCAUGGUGCCUACCCUUCAAGACCUCCUUAAAGUGGCCGACUCGGAUUAUACGGUCGAAGACAUUUUGGCCGCCGAAAAGUACUUGUUGCGUACCCUUGGAUGGGACAUCAGUUACCCAAACCCAAUGAGCUUUCUGCGUCGGGUGAAUAAAGCAGAGGAUUACAAUGCCAACACUCGGACAUUAGCAAAAUUUCUUAUCGAGAUUAGCGUUGUGGAGGAGCGACUACUCAAAUAUACACCUAGUAUGCUAGCUGCAGCUGGUCUGUGGUUGGCUCGGUUGAUCCUGGACAAGCCUGAAUGGGACGUGAGCCUCGAACACUACAGUGGCUACACCGAGAACAAACUUGUCCGCUGUGCGAAUGUAAUGGUUAACUUUCUCCUCCAGCCCAUCAAGCACGAGAGCCUGUGGAGGAAGUAUUCGAAAAAGAAAUAUCUAAGAUGUGCGAUUGUUGCCCGCAAGUGGGCAGAAGUACGGUGGCCCCCAGAAGAGAAUUGUUCGGGUAUAGAUGAAGACAGCGAAGGUUUCGGACUGGUAGAUGUAGAUCUUGCCGCUGCAUUACCUUAUUUGCGCGAACAAGCCCUGGCUAGAGCCGAAGCGCAAGACUUAUGA